AACGCAAUCAAGUCGGAAUGUAAACGGUGUAACACACCUGAAGUACUUUCGUCGCUUUUUUUUUUUUUAAAUAAAUAACAGGUAGGGGUUAUAUAUAUGUAAACUAGCCGUAGCCAUGAGACUAUAUCAAGUGCUCCGUAAUAAUGUCGACAAAUUCAGGACUGUUUUUGACUUUAGUGGACGGGAAGUGGCUCACUGGUUCCCCGGACACAUGGCUAAAGGACUCAAGCAGAUGAACGCCAGCAUCAAGAAUGUCGACUGUGUCAUAGAAGUUCACGAUGCCAGAAUCCCUUCAUCUGGGAGAAACCCUAUAUUUCAGCGCACACUGAACGCGAGGCCACAUCUGCUUGUUCUGAACAAGAUGGACCUUGCCGAUCUGUCCAACAAGCAGAGAAUCUUAAAGAAAAUGGAAGAAGACGGGGUGAGGAACGUUCUCUUCACAGACUGUUUAAAGCAGGUUGACAGCAACGUCAAAAAGUUGGUGCCCAUGGUGCAGGAAAUAAUUAAGGACAAUCCUCGUUUUAACAGAGAAGAGAACAGAGAUAUUUCCCUGAUGGUGAUUGGAGUGCCCAACGUGGGGAAGUCAUCUCUUAUUAACUCAUUGAGGAGAACAAAUUUAAAAAAAGGCCGUGCGUCUCAAGUCGGUGGAGAGCCGGGCGUAACCAGAUCUGUCCUGACUAAGAUUCAGGUGUGUGCGAGGCCCUUGAUGUACCUGCUGGACACGCCGGGAGUUUUGCCUCCGAGGAUUGAGAGUUUAGAAACUGGCAUGAAGCUCGCUUUGUGCGGAACUAUACGGGAUCAUUUAGUGGGUGAAGACGUCAUCGCUGACUACCUGCUCUAUACUUUGAACAGACUUGGCAUGUUCAGCUAUGUGGAGAGAUACGACCUGCAAGAGCCGAGCGAUAACAUACAGCAUGUCCUCAAACGCAUCUCUGUAAAACUUGGAAAGACUCAGAGGGUCAAAGCCUUCACUGGAGUGGGAAAUAUCCCAGUCGUCAUCCCAAAUUACACGGAAGCAGCUUAUGAUUUUAUCAGAGCGUUCAGGAGGGGAGAGCUGGGACAAGUAAUGCUGGACUGAUAUAUA